CAGCCUAAACAGAGAGGCUAAAGCCCCCGCCCUCCCCGCUCCUGUCAGUGUCACCCCGGACAACAUGGCGGCCACUAGAAGCAUCGGAGCGCUGCUCAGACUCAGCAACUCAGGUUAUUCCUGCAGACACCUCUCCAUGUCAUCUGCCUUGUUUUCAAGGACCCACGUAAACUAUGAGGUCAAAGAUAACGUGGCUGUUGUGCGAUUCAACACCCCAAAUUCUAAGGUGAACACACUGUCUAAACAGCUACAGGAAGAGUUCAAUGAUGUUAUGAAUGAAGUCUGGGCUAACAAUUCCGUUGAAAGUGCCGUCCUCAUCUCCUCCAAACCAGGCUGCUUUAUUGCUGGGGCUGACAUCAAUAUGAUUGAGGCCUGUAAAACACCCCAGGAAGUACAACAUUUGUCUCGAGAAGGACAGAAAAUGUUUGCUAAGCUUGAGAAGUCACCAAAACCAAUAGUGGCCGCCAUCAACGGUUCUUGCCUGGGAGGAGGGCUCGAGCUGGCCAUCGCUUGCCAGUACAGAGUGGCUACCAAGGACAAGAAGACCGUGCUUGGGACCCCCGAGGUUCUGCUUGGGCUACUGCCAGGUGCAGGAGGUACUCAGAGGCUGCCCAAGAUGGUCGGUAUUCCCACAGCUUUUGAUAUGAUGUUGACAGGAAGAAAUAUCCGCGCUGGCAAAGCAAAGAAGAUGGGUUUAGUUGACCUUCUUGUGGAUCCGCUUGGUCCAGGAUUGAAAAGUCCUGAGGAACGAACCAUGGAGUACCUUGAAGAAGUGGCUGUGGACUGUGCAAAAGGAAUUGCCAACAAGAAGCUCUCAUUAAAGAAAGAGAAGGGGCUGGUCCAGAAGAUCACAGACUACGUCAUGUCAGUGGCAUUUGUUAGGGAACAGAUAUACAAAACUGUGGAGAAGAAAGUGCGGAAGCAAACAAAGGGUCUCUACCCAGCACCCCUCAAAAUUAUCGAGGUUGUAAAGACUGGCUUGGAACAGGGCCCAGAAGCGGGCUAUCUUACAGAGUCACAGAAAUUUGGAGACCUUGCGUUGACGAGCGAGUCAAAAGCAUUAACCGGUCUCUAUCAUGGACAAGUUCUGUGCAAAAAGAAUAAGUUUGGUCCUCCACAGAAGGAAGUUCAGAAGCUCGCUAUCCUUGGUGCUGGGCUUAUGGGAGCUGGCAUUGCUCAGGUCUCAGUGGACAAAGGUAUAAAGACUAUUCUGAAGGACACAACGGUGGAAGGCUUGGGAAGAGGUCAACAACAAGUAUUUAAAGGCUUAAACGACAAGGUGAGGAAGAGGACUCUGACAUCGUUUGAGCGCGACACCUUGACUAGUAAUCUGACUGGACAGCUGGAUUACAAGGGCUUUGAGACUGCAGAUAUGGUGAUUGAGGCUGUAUUCGAGGACAUCCGUAUUAAACACAAAGUGCUGCAGGAAGUGGAAGCGGUUGUCCCUCCUCACUGUAUCUUCGCAAGCAACACAUCUGCUCUUCCCAUUUCUCAGAUUGCUUCCGCCAGCAAGAGACCAGACAAGGUGGUCGGAAUGCACUAUUUCUCUCCAGUAGAUAAAAUGCAGUUACUGGAGAUUAUCACUACAGAUAAAACGUCCAAGGACACAGCUGCAUCAGCUGUAGCUGUUGGGCUCAAGCAGGGCAAGGUCAUCAUUGUAGUAAAGGAUGGACCUGGAUUCUAUACAACCAGGUGUCUGGGGCCCAUGAUGGCUGAGGUUGUUCGUGUACUCCAGGAAGGGGUAGAUCCCAAGAAGCUGGACGCCCUGUCCACUGGUUUUGGAUUUCCUGUUGGUGCUUCCACAUUGGCUGAUGAAGUUGGCAUUGAUGUGGCAGCUCAUGUGGCCGAGGAUCUAGGAAAAGCUUUUGGCGAGCGUUUUGGAGGUGGAAACAUUGAGCUGCUAAAAGCCAUGGUGGCCAAAGGUUAUUUGGGUCGUAAAUCCGGAAAGGGUUUCUAUGUGUAUCAGGCGGGCACAAAGAACAGGGCUGUGAACUCUGGGACAGAGGAGAUAUUGGAGAAGUUCAAGCUGCAGGCCAAGGCUGAAGUGUCUUCAGAUGAGGACAUCCAACUGCGCCUGGUGACCAGGUUUGUGAACGAGGCUGUAAUGUGCCUGCAGGAGGGCAUACUCAGUAACCCAGUAGAAGGCGACAUCGGGGCAGUCUUUGGUCUUGGUUUCCCACCAUGCCUUGGAGGUCCAUUUAGAUAUGCCGACUCGUAUGGAGCCAAGCGCAUAGUGGAGAGAAUGAGGAAGUAUGAAAAUGUGUAUGGAAGCCAGUUCACACCCUGCCAGCUGCUGAUUGACCAUGCCAAUGACCCCAGCAAGAAGUUUCACCACUAGAUGAUCUGCCCUAUGUUAUCAAGACCGCACUAAUAAUAAUUAGGGCCGACACAUGCAUGGUCCAUGGAGAUGAACAAAUGUAUGGAGGUUACCGUGCAGUAAUGCAGAAUGUACUAUCAUUAACAUUACAACUGAUCCAUACGUGCCUUAGUUCUAACUGGUCUUGUGUACCAGGUACAAGCCCUGUUGAAGCUUUUGUAUGACAUUUAUUUUGCACUUAAUGCCGUCCGAGAGACGUUCUAACUUCAGCGUCUGUACUGGCUGGGGCCCAACCUGUGGAAACCAGUCUAAUCCAUGCUCCAGCAGUGCAUUCAUUCCUUAGCAAUGUGGAUAAUGUCAAUAAAACAUUCUUGUUUUCA